UAUUAAUAUUAUAUCUUUUAACUUUUUAUUUAUAUUGCCGCGCAAAAUACUGGAACGUUACAACUGUGUUGCUUAUACCACGGUUAUGGUUUCAGUGAUAAUAACUGGCGGGAAUAUGACGGCCGAUAAGGUUCGAUAAAAGAUGAAUAAGUCAGUGACCGAGCGAUGAGCGUGUGAAAAAACUGAAGAAUAUUGUUGACUUACGACUUGACAUUUGUUAUUACUUUUUAUGAAUAAGUUGUGUCAAUUUACUUAAAUUGUGAUAUCCUCGUUUCGAGUCAUAACCCUUGACAAAAUCGUCAUUUCACAACCCUCUUUUGAACAGUAUUAUUAAUAAACAAUCAAUCAAUGUCAUUGUUUUGAUUUCUACCAACAACGUUUGAAUAAUCAUCCGUCAUCUGCAUUCAGCGUACAAACGAUGGUUGGACGUACGGGAAAGAGGUCAUCGGAUGACUGCGUUAUUAUUUCCGAUACCAAGAAGAAGAAAAUUUCCAAAGAAAAAGGCGAGGUAGACGCGGCAGUGUCAAAUGAAAAAGCGUCCACGCCUUGCAACGGAGACUUAAAGCAAAAAAAGGCAUUCUUUGCCUAUUUUGGUAAAUCGUUUGAUGAUAGCAAAAAAAGCAAUACUAGCUGCAAUGGCAGCAACUUAAAAACGACCGAUAUCCAAAACAAGGUGACUAAACCGAAUAUCUUUACCAAUACUAGUCGUGGUGAUGGUUCAAAAACACCAGUAAUCAGUACAAAGAAGAAAAUCAUUCAGCUGCCUUCUGAAGCUGUUUGUUUUAUUAAGAGUAAUGCCAAUUUGCCUUAUAUCAGUAGCUUUGUAGAAGAAUUAGGAUGUUUUCCUAAAAUCACGCAUAUUAAUCAUUUAGCAUCUUUAAAAUCUUCAGAUUUUAUUCUUCAUUUAAAAGAAGAAGUAUUCCAUGAAAACUAUAAUAAAAACUCAUUUCUUACAUUUCAAACUGUUCAGUCUUUACCAAAACGCCUUGUAUUAGAGCCUUACCAAAUGGAAAUUAAUUUUCCAUACAUGGUUUCAUCUUUAAAAACAUCUGUUCCAAAUUUUCCGGUUGCAGAUUUUCAUAAGAGUUUGAAGAAAAAAUAUUUAACAGCAAAGAAAUCGGCAGUAGAUAUUGAAUCUAUGUGGAUUGAUAAAUAUAAACCAAUGUGUAAGGAAGAAGUGCUGGGAAAUAGUGAACUUGUUAAGGAUUUGAAAAAUUGGUUAGCACCUAAUCAAAAAAAUUCUAAAAAGUCAAAAAAUAAUCAAAAGUAUUAUGAUGAUGACGAUUUUAUCUUUGAUAGUGAUAGUGAAUCUAGUUGUAAGCAACAACGUAACUUAGCCAUUUUAGUUGGACCAAGUGGUUGUGGUAAAACAAGUACAGUUUAUGCUGUAGCCAAUGAACUUAAUGCAAAUGUGAUAGAGUUGAAUGCUUCCUGUAACAGAAAUGGAAAACGUAUUAUCACUGAUUUAAUGGAAGCUACACAAUCGCACGCUGUAGAAAAAAACUGUUUAUUAAAUCUAAUGAAAGGAAAAAAGGUAAAAACCAAAAACUCUAAGAAAAAAGAAAAAGUGAAUGAAAAAAUGACUAUUAUUUUAAUUGAAGAUGCUGAUAUACUCUUUGAAAAUCAUGAUGAUGGAUUUUUAUCUGCAAUAUCAACUUUAGCUUCAGAUUCAAAAAGGCCCUUAGUUUUAACAGCUAAUGACCCUUUUAGUAAUCAUUUAUUGAAAUUUUUCUUAUCCAAUGAAAUAACUCUACAUUUUAUACAGCCACCAAAAGAACAUUUAAAUUGUUUUCUACAGUUAAUAGCGCUAAAUGAAGGAGUCAUUAUGACUAAAGACGAAAUAAAUACAUUUAUCCAUCCGUUUAAACCUGACAUUAGGCAAAGUACUCUUCAAUUACAAUAUGUUUUGAGUACUGGAGAGAUAAAUGAGAAAACUCUUAAUAACCAAUCCUCAGUGAGUUUAAAUUCUAUUUGGUGGAAUUGGCCUCAUAUAAUUGGUUGUCAUUCAACUACCAUUGAAGACAACAAACAACCAAAGUGCAAUGUUGAUAUAGCAACCAUAUCUCAAAAUUUAGAUAAUAUGUCAGGAUUAAACUUAAUCUAUUCAAAAACACAGGGUUACGAUUUCUUAGACCCACAACCAUUUUGGCAUCACCUUGCCACAAAAGACAGUUCUAGUUUAAUUGAGCCUCAUUAUUGGUCAGACAGUUCUGUUCAGCUUUCCACAGAUAUUGCUCAAUGGAUUUACAAUCAGAUUAAUACACGAGAUUAUGUUCCAGAAAAACUUUACCCCACAUCUGAGGAAUUAAACCAACGUGAAAGGACAUGGAAUGUAUCCAAGGACGUGCUACAACAAAUAGGCUUAGAUUAUUGUAAUCGGAAAAAUGAAACUAGCUAUGAUUAUCUAUCUACUAUACGAUCUGUGUAUCGAAAUCAACACAUAAAUCAAUCAUUUGUAAACCUAAGGAAAUCAAAAAUGUUUUCAUAUUUAAGACAGAUUAAUAUUGAUGUAGACAGCAAAGAUUUAAAAUAUUUGUGUGAUUCUUUUCACUCCAGUAGCAAUAAUUGUGAUCCCCAAUUAGAAAUAUCUGACCAAUUUUAGUUGAUAUAUUAUAUUUUAGAUAGUUUUUGAUAAAAUAUUUUUAAUAAUUUAGUUUAUUACUUUUUUAUCUUAUUGGUUCUAUAAAAACUGAUCAAUCUAUACUUAAAUUGUUUUAUAUAUAUUAAAACAAUAUGUAUCUGCCAAUGAUUAAUUAUAUAAACCUUACAUUUAUCAGAUUUUAUACGAUUUAAAAUUCUUAUAUUUGUGUAUAAAUUUGGUUUUUAUAUAAUUUUCAAAAUACACAGUUUAUAUUGUGUAUAAAGAUAUUAUAUUUUCUUCAAUAAUUAUAUUAUUAUUGUGCUAGGGAAUUAAAGAAAAUAUAUUUUUGUAUUGUCUUACUUAUAUUAAGUACUAUUUUAAAAUAUUGUUAUGGUUGUUUCAUUUUAUAUAUAAAAAAAAAAAUUGAUAUUUUCCUUAAAAUUAUUUAGAAAUAUUUAUCACCACAUAUUACAAUUAUUAUACAACAAUACACAAUUACUUCAUAAUGUAUAAACUAUCAUAGUUAAGAUAUUUAAAAAUGUAUUUACUCUAGUCAUUAUUAUCUUAUACUUUUAUAUUAUUUGAUUAUAUACAUUUAGCUACUGUUUUAAGACUGUAAGAUUUUUAAAUUAAAUUAUAUUUUAUAACUUGUACUCAUAAUGUAAUCUAAGUGUACUUAAUGUUAUUUUUUUUAUUUUUACACGUAAAUAUUGUAUUUUAAUGUAUAAAUUAACUUUUUUAGAAAAUCAAACUGUAUAUGGUUGUUCAGAUUAUGCAGCAUAGCUUUUUUAUUUACUGAUUUACUAUUAUUAUUAUUUUGUUUAUGUAGAUUUUUCAUGAUUUUAAUUGGAUUCAUAUAGUAGUAUAAUUAGAUUUCAUAGAAUAGAUGGGGUUUUAUCCAUAUCCAACUACCCGAGGAGUUAUAAGUUUGUGUUAUGGUUGUAUAAUAGUAAUAAGAAUAAUAAUUUAUAUUAAUAUAAUAUUUCUUAAAAGUA